GUUGCUCUGUGACAUCGGGUCUAAAUUUAACAUUUAGAUGACGUGUCCGGAGAAAUACCAAUAAUUGGUAUUAGUUAUUGGCGGCACGAUUGUUAAAACAAAAAGCAGCUUAAAACGUUAAAUACAAAAGGGACUUCUCGUUAAACCCUGUUUCCUUCUUUUUUUAAAAAAAAAAAAAAACAAAGAAACUACGAAAAAAGAAAAAGGUCAAAGUUCAAACUAAUCAUAGGCACCACUCAACCUAGUUUUGAAAGAGGAUGAAUAGUACAUCAAUUGAGGCUCACGUGCUAUGGUGACAUUUCAUAAACACUCUACUGUAUUUCAUGUUAUCUGUACAAUAUUUACUCUGUCAUCACUUCGUAAGGUCGCUAAUGUGCGAGGCUUAAGGAGGACAAUCAUCAGAACGCAGGGUGCACCCAGGGACUGAGACAUCAGGAGUUAUCUGUUUCUGGUCUAGUCAUCUGACCUUUUUGGGUAAAAUCCUUAUUUCAUCAUAUGAUGGAUUCCUUCAAAAAAGACAAAAUGGACACCUAUUUCGAGUUUGUACAAAAGACGUUGCUGAGUCUCCCGACAACCGUCGUCUUUGUUCCCCACGUCCACUACAACAGAACCUCCCUCCAAAAGCGUGACGUCAGAGGGAUGGCGGUCUUGACGCAGACCCUCUCCACCCAGCUCAGUGACGUCAGAGAUGACGAGGCGAGGUCGCGCGUACUGCACGCCUUCCGUCACCACUUCCGCGCCACGACGUCAUCGUCAACGCCUGCCAUUUUCGUCAUUUCUAACGUCAACUACGACGAUUACCUCAGCAGCUGCGAAGGAGAAGAGCGACGGCUAAUGGCGGCUUUCCCUCGGCCCCGGGAUCUGCCCGUCCACCUCCGGCGUGGCAAGUUUGACCUGCUGAUCAUCAGCCGCCAACACGGGGUAGUCAUCUGCGAGGUCAAAUCCGUCGGGAAGAUUUCCUCAAGGCGCCAGCAGAGACGAGGAUGACGGAGGUCGGUAGCAUACGACAGCGGCUGCAGAAGGCGGUGAUGCAACUGAACAAAGCGGAGACAGUCUUGAGACACUUGCUGUCAGACAUUUGCAGGGAGGGAGAAAAAGUUCCUGUGAGGAAAGUUCUCGUUUGUCCGAACCUGAGUCGGGGAAUGCUGGAGUCUGUCGGCAAAGGUGACGCAACUCUUCAGCAGGAGUUUUGCGAUUGCUUUCACGCACUCACAUUCAGCCACGCCCUGGACACGUGCAUGAACGCCGACCAUCUGCCCCCUGCUUCAAGAGGUCGUGAGGUCACGCCUGCCGUCCUGGAGGCUCUGCGGAAGUGGUGGACUGUCGUGACGUCAUCGCAGUUGGGUGAUCAGGCGCGUGUGAGUGAUUCGUUUUACGAAACGCUGAUCGCCAGGUAAGAAGUUUUCAAUGGGUUAAAAAAUGAAAACUCCAACAGUUGAGUCUCGAAGUCUUCGCGAUGACUAUUGCACAACGAUUCAUGUAUCUGUUUGGCAGAUUGUGUGGUCCUGGGACAAACAGUUCCGUCAAGAUUAGCUCCGAAAUGUCACUCGUAGUGGGGAAGACGCCGCAUGAUGCAGCCUACAACACUGCACGACUAUAUGAGGAGCACAUUUAUUGGAGGAGCAAGCGAGCAUCUUGGAAAAAAAUGAUGAUCGUGUUUUUCUGAGCGGGCCUCCGGGAACGGGCAAGUCUGUGGUUCUCCUGUUGAAAGGGCAGCAGAGGAUCCUGGAAGGUCAUGAUGUAUACGUCGUCAGCCUCUGGCCCGGAAGUGACGCAGUAUCCUACUUCAUUGUGCAGCAGAUUCGGAAAACACUACCAGACGACAACUCAAGGGACAGGGUCAAAUACGUCAGUGGCUCGCUUGAGCAGGUGAUGGACGUUCUUCGCAAGGCAGUGUCUCACUCCGCUGACCAGGCCACCGAGGAACAGCAGGCACCCGACAGACCGUCGAGACCAGCAGAUCAGGUCCAACAGACAAACGAGGAGCAGACUGAGGUCAGGGCGUCAGAAUCGCCUGAGGUCGAAGUCGACGGAAGUUCGACGUCGCCCCGAUCGCGUGGUCAGCAAAAAUCGAGAAAAGGGGAACCACCUCCGUUGCUGCUGCUGGAUGAAGCCCCCUGGUUUUUUCCCUAUUUUUUGAAGACGGUUGACUCCCAGUUAGGUGACUGGCCGGUGUGGGCUGCUUCAGUGUACCGCAUGCCUCGGACGUUGACCUCUUUCACGGAGGCCAUGAUGACUAGGAGUCUUCGCUGUCCGCCGACCGUCGUUCGUGAGGUCAAGACAGGACCAGCCUACGCGACGAGAGCCAUGGCCGAGUACUGCACCGAGGAAGCCGCUGUCGUGGUGGGGUUGCCGCCGCAGACAGAUGGUCCCCCCGUGCUGCGGAUCAGCCAUGCCAGUCACCGAGCUUUAAGCAUCUUGCAGUGCGAGACAUGUGGGCACGAGCUGGCUAAGUGUUUAACCCAGUUCUUGCAGAUCGGCACAGAAGAAUUCAAAGGGACAGAAGCAAAGAGACUGAGAUUUCGUGAUGUCCUGAUAUCUGGCCACGUUCGUUUCGAGGACGACGACCACACCACAGCCAGCGAAAACGACCCCAGUACCGUCUUCGUCGCAGACGUGUUCGAACCUGGCGUCACCCUGCGACCCGAGGCGCACCGGAAGUGCUUGGAUGACGUUGGCAAAGCUCGUGACCUGUACCCAGCUCCCAUCACACGAGCCGCUCUGUUCCGAACUUUGGCGAGCAGAGGCCUUCCGCUGGAGGUCAUCGGGCGUGACGACCCGUGCCGGUCACGAAAGCUGGCCACGCCCACUGAUGACGUCAUGCAGGUGGCGGAGCCCCAGCUGGUGGUCGGGCUGGAGAGGGACGUAGUGGUCUACGUGGGCUCCGCGGAGCUACGUGAAACUUUCCCGCGGUACGUGGACCCCUGGCUGGACGUGGUGUCCAGGUGUCGCUCGCAGCUCAUCGUCUUGGGUGACGUGGAGGGCACCGAGGCAUGGCUGUCCUGACCGACCAUCUUGAGUUAGAGUAGACUAUUCUAGAACAUUUUUGCACGACUGCUGUGUGGGGGUGUGUACGAGAGAUGCUAUCCAGAUUUGAACGCGUGCCUUUCUGUGGUCAUCUGGUCUGGCAGGGUGCUGUCAUUUCUCACGGACGAUGCCAAAAUAUAUACAACACGGCAAAUUUCUGUGUGAACUCAGGAAAACUCUGAGGUCCUAACGCAAGGACAAUCUUUAAAUAAAGGCUUAAUGGCAAUACAGACUACUAUCACUUGGCUUAAAACGGUCGUUGGGUGAAAUACAGGAGAAUUAAUAUUCCUUUUUUCCAUGUCUCUCCCUUUCUCAAUCACACUGUGUUCGACACCUGAAUCUCUUCCGCCUUGUGUUUCUGGUAUGGCGCUCCUCCUAAGAGGGGGAAAUGGAAGCAAACUGCUGUCUUAAUAUCUUUAUUCCUUAACAGUAUCAACACAUGGAGAACUUUGUUGAGAAUGCUUAUAGUAAGUUUCUAAUAAUAAAAGUUACAAAAAUUAUAUGAAAACGUCUGAAACGACCAGAACAUGAUUUCUAUGAGAGCGCUUUUGUUUCUUCGUUCUUUUGCUUCUGUUUUCUUUUUACAAUGGUUUCUCGCCCUUAGGUAAGUCAUACCUAGAAUAACUUAAUAUGAUAAUGUAUUUCACAAUUCUGUCUUGUCUUUCUGUAUUUGAUCUUCGGUAGUUGCACCUUGACUUUAAUGUUUUCAGUUUAUCGACGAUAACUGGGUAAGACGAACAUCAAUAAAGGUCACAUGAUGUGGAAAUUCUU